AUGUCCUGGCUCUUCGGCAUCAAGGGCCCCAAGGGCGAGGGCGAGGGGCCGCCGCUGCCCCUGCCGCCCGCGCAGCCCGGGGCCGAGGGAGGCGGGGACCGCGGCGCGGGGGACCGGCCGGCGCCCAAGGACAAAUGGAGCAACUUCGACCCGACGGGCCUGGAGCGCGCGGCCAAGGCGGCGCGGGAGCUGGAGCACUCGCGGCACGCCAAGGAGGCGCUGAGCCUGGCGCAGAUGCAGGAGCAGACGCUGCAGCUGGAGCAGCAAUCCAAGCUCAAAGAGUACGAGGCCGCCGUCGAGCAGCUGAAGAGCGAGCAGAUCCGCGUGCAGGCCGAGGAGCGCAGGAAGACGCUGAGCGAGGAGACGCGGCAGCAUCAGGCUAGGGCCCAGUACCAGGACAAGCUGGCCCGGCAGCGCUAUGACGACCAGCUGAGGCAGCAGCAACUUCUCAACGAGGAGAACCUGCGGAAGCAGGAGGAGUCGGUGCAGAAGCAGGAGGCCAUGAGGCGAGCCACCGUGGAGCGGGAGAUGGAGCUGCGACACAAGAACGAGAUGCUGCGGGUGGAGGCCGAGGCGCGGGCCCGGGCCAAGGCCGAGCGGGAGAACGCCGACAUCAUCCGGGAGCAGAUCCGCCUGCGGGCCGCCGAGCGCCGCCAGACCAUCCUGGAGUCCAUCAGGACGGCGGGCACCCUGUUUGGCGAAGGGUUCCGGGGCUUUGUGACCGACUGGGACAAGGUGACGGCCACGGUGGCCGGGCUGACGCUGCUGGCCGUCGGCAUCUACUCUGCCAAGAACGCCACGCUGGUGGCGGGGCGGUACAUCGAGGCGCGGCUGGGGAAGCCGUCCCUGGUGCGGGAGACCUCCCGCAUCUCACUGCUGGAGGCGCUGCGGCACCCCCUGCAGGUCAGCAGGCGGCUGCUCAGCAAGCCUCAGGACGCGCUGGAGGGUGUGGUCCUCAGUCCCAGCCUGGAGGCCCGGGUGCGGGACAUUGCCAUAGCGACUCGGAACACCAGGAAGAAUCACAGCCUGUACAGGAACGUGCUGAUGUACGGGCCGCCUGGGACGGGCAAGACGCUGUUCGCCAAGAAAUUGGCGCUGCACUCAGGCAUGGACUACGCCAUCAUGACGGGCGGGGACGUGGCCCCCAUGGGGCGGGACGGAGUGACCGCGGUGCACAAGGUCUUCGACUGGGCCAGCACCAGCCGGCGAGGCCUCCUCCUGUUCGUGGACGAAGCGGAUGCCUUCCUCAGGAAGCGAGCCACCGAGAAGAUCAGCGAGGACCUCAGGGCGACCCUGAACGCCUUCCUGCACCGCACGGGCCAGCACAGCAGCAAGUUCAUGCUGGUCCUGGCCAGCAACCAGCCCGAGCAGUUCGACUGGGCCAUCAACGACCGCGUCGACGAGAUGGUCAGCUUCGAGCUGCCGCGGCUGGAGGAGCGGGAGCGCCUGGUGAGGAUGUAUUUUGACAAGUUUGUCCUUAAACCGGCCACGGAAGGAAAGCAGCGCCUGAAGCUGGCCCAGUUUGACUACGGGAAGAAGUGCUCCGAGAUUGCACGCCUGACCGAGGGCAUGUCGGGCCGGGAGAUCUCCCAGCUGGCCGUGGCCUGGCAGGCCAUGGCGUACGCCUCCGAGGAUGGGGUCCUCACCGAGGCCAUGAUGGACGCCAGGGUGCAGGACGCCAUCCAGCAGCACCAGCAGAAGAUGCAGUGGCUGAAGGCUGAGCGUGCCAGGCCCGAGGGUGGCCAGCCCCCGCUCCCCAGCGCCCAGACGGAGUGA